AUGGUUGCCAACACUGAAAUUAUCUUUGCCAAAGUCCCUACUACCUAUCCUGUUGAGGGCGAGCACAUGAUUGUCAAAAAGAGCGAAAUUGAUCUCGACGCUGAAUUGCCUCAAGGCGCCAUCCUUGUCAAGACCUUAUGUUUGUCUGUCGAUCCUUACAUGCGUGGACGUAUGAGAGAUGCUAGCACCAAGUCUUACUCUCCCGCUUUCCCUCUUAAUCAACCCAUGAACGGUCAUGUCAUGGCCUCCGUUGUCAAGUCCAACAAUGACAAGUUCAAGGAAGGUGAUCUCGUCUAUGGUAUGAGCUCCUUCGCUGAAUACGCUCUCAUUCCUGAGCCUUACACUACUUACUUGGAGGUUCGCAAUGAAGCCAAGGACUCUGGUCUUCCCCUUACCAACUAUAUUGGCGUUCUUGGUAUGCCUGGUAUGACAGCCUACGUUGGCUUGAUCAAGUUUGGUAAGCCCAAGAAGGGAGAAUCUCUUUACGUCAGUGCCGCUUCUGGUGCUGUUGGUCAAUUGGUCGGUCAAAUCGGUAAGAUCCUUGGUCUCCACGUUGUCGGUUCCGCUGGUAGUGAUGAAAAGGUCGAGUAUCUCAAGUCCAUCGGUUUCGACGGCGCUUUCAACUACAAGACCAAGGAUACCAAGGAAGCUUUUGCUGAGCUCCUCCCCAACGGUAUUGAUAUCUAUUUCGAAAAUGUCGGUGGCAAGAUGCUCGAAGAUGUCAUUGCUCACGCCAACAAGUUUGCCAGAAUCGUCUGUUGUGGUAUGAUUUCUCAAUACAACACCACUGAACCUUACGGCAUCCAUAACCUUAUUCAAGUUGUUGCCAAGUCCCUUGAAAUCCGUGGUUUCAUCGUUAGUGAUAGCCCUGAAAUGCAAGAACCUUUCAGAAGGGAUAUGACCAAGUGGCUUCAAGACGGUUUGAAGUACCGUGAGACUGUUGCUGAGGGUAUUGAAAAGACUCCUCAAGCCUUGAUUGAUGUCUUGAAGGGUGUAAAUUUCGGCAAGCAAGUUGUCUUGUUACAAUAA